GGAAGAACUACAAGUACUAGCAAUGACUACGUUUAAAGGUGAGAUCACUCGUGGUCCCGGAAGUAUUUGCUCAACACAGUGACAUGGCCGGGAGAGGUUUGCUGAGAAUCGCGUUUACCCUUGUCCGGCCUAUUAGGACGUACGCUAAAAAACCUGUUGUGAAAAGUAAGGGUAAAGGAGCAGUGAAAGAGGUUUUAAAGGGGCCAGAAUUAUGCAGGGACCCAGCAAUACUGACUACACAUGCUGUUGGGGCAAAUAUCUUCAAGACAGGGCCUGAUGUGAAGCUAAAGGAGGACUCUGAAUAUCCAGAAUGGUUAUUCCAGUUGGACUUGGGACCCCCCAAAAAACUUGAAGAAUUGAGCCCAGAUACACCACAAUACUGGAGGUUACUUCGUAAGAUGCAUAUAUGGAGAAAUAACCGUCUAGACAAGACCAAAAAAUUUUGAUGGAAAACAGAAGCUUAACAUUUUCAUAUUAUCUUGACUAGUCCUCUAUGACAUGCAGUUAUAUAUAAAAAAAAAGUUUAAAUAUACUUAAACCUGAAAUAAAUUAAUUCCACUUUUUUUGUAUUAAGCAGAUGUUGCAGUAAAUUCCAGGAAAUGCUGAGCACCUCAAGUAUGCAUGAUAUUUGUGCUAUACACAUUACACCUCUUUUUAGAACCAUAAAAAUGAGAACAUUUGAGAACACUACCUUUAUUUUGACACUUGUCUACCAUGAAGCACAAAACGUUGAGUCAAGCUGGUAACAGCAAGAUCUGAGUAGUUGUUAGAACUGAUGUUGAAGAUCAGUGGACUAAAUAGAUGUUACUGGGCCCCACAGCAAAUUAAUUUUAUGACCCCCACCAUAUCCAGAGGUUGUCCUGUUUUACCAAUAUAUUUUGAAAUCGGUCAUUAUUUGGGCUUCAUGGGGCCCCUGUACCUCAUGGGCCUCCCUGCAGCCGCAGGGUCUGCUUCCUCUGUAAGUUACGCCCCUGUUGAAGAUUUUAUAGUGCUUUAAAUAAUUAUUCAUAUUUACUUUUGGCAAAUACUGCAACCCUAGGAACAUAUCAGUAACAGAACAAGCAAGAGCUUUCUGCUUCUCUUUAGCUGUCAUUUAUGCUUUUUGUGACACACACACACACACACACCCACACACACCAUUUUCUCCAUGUUGUGUGACUGUAAUUUAACUAUAUAUUUUAGUUUUGUAAAUUGUAUUUUUAUCCUCUAUCUGGCCUCUUUAAGAAUUUUGAUUAAAGGGGCCAGUCUGUUAUUUAGAAACCAAUAUUUUAUGGAUAUUAGAUGUCACAAUAGGGGUCUCACAUCUUUUUAUGACACAUUUUCUAUUUAUUAAAGAAAGUAGUUUUA